AUGAUACAAACAAGAGCAGCUGCCCCGAAAGAGAAUGCAUUUUUUGUUUCUUUCAUUUUUUUUCUUCUUUGUUUUCUGUUAGUUUUCUUUUUUUCUUCCUUCUUUAAUUUCUUCGUCUCCUUUAACUUUUUCCUCUUUAUUUUCUUUCAUUAUUUCAUUGUAUUCCUUCAUUUUUUUUAUCUCUUUUGUCUUCUUUCAUUAUUUUUCUUCUUUCUUUUCUUUCAUUUUUUUCUUCUUUCAUUAUUUUCUUCUUUGUCUCAUUUCGCUUCUUCUUUGUCUUCUUUUAGUUUUUCUUCGAACUAUUCUUUCAUUUUUUUUUUUAUCUCGUAUGUCUUCUUUCAUUAUUUUUUUCUUUAUCUUCUUUCAUUUUUUCUUCUUUGUCUCCUUUCAUUUUUUCUUCGAAGUAUUCUCUUAUUUUGUAUCUCCUUUGUCUUCUUUCAUUUUUUUCUUUUUCUUCUUUCAUUUUUUCUUUGUCUUUUUUUAUAUUUUUUCGUCUUUGUCUUUUUCAUUUAUUCUUCUUUGUCUUUUUUCACUAUUUUUCUUCUUUGUCGUCCUCAUUUUUUCUUCAUUGCCUUUACUCAUUUUUUUCUUUUUUGUCUUCUUUCAUUAUUUUUUUUGUCGCCUUUCAUUUUUUUUAUUUUUUCUUCUUUGUUUUCAUUAAUUUUUUCUUUUUUCAUUUUUUUCUCGUUUGUCUUUGUUCAUAUUUUUUUACUUCUUUGUCAUCUUUCAUUUUUUCUUCUUUAUCUUCUUUCAUUUUUUAUUCUUCGUCUUCUUUCACUUUUUUCUUCUUCGUUAUUCAUUUUUUUCCUUCCUUGUCUUCUUUCAUUUUUUUCUUUUUUGUCCUCUUUUUAA